AUGUCGGAGUGGGCCGCCUUUUGGGGCUUGACGAUCAACUUAAACAAGUGUUCCCUUUUGCACUUGGGGGAUAACGUUUCGCCGAGGUAUGAAAUCAAUGGGGCUUUUCUGGAAGGCUGCAUUUACCCGAAAACAAAACCGAAUAGCGUGCCAAAGUACGAGGAGCGUCUAAAAUGGUUAGGACUAUUGAGCCUCAAAGAGAGGAGACCCUGUAGUGAAAGAUCAGGGAGCUUUGGCUUAAGCUACUUGAAAAUUCAAAAGAGAUUCUAUUCGAUUAUGUUUAACUCCUAUUUUUAUCGUAUGGCCAGGAUGCUGGACAAGCUGCCUCCCGAGUUGCUCAGAUCGGAAAACGGUAAGGUGUUUAAGAACAGAUUGCGGAAGAUCUGUAUUACGGACUCACUUCACUCCUUAUUCUAA